AUGGACCUGUUGGAUCCAUUUCCGGUGAUGAAGGCGACUUCGGCAAUGGCGGCGAUGGUUUCAUCGGGUAAUGUGGAUGAAUUCUUUUCCGAUGAUGGUAUGACGGAGAAUGUGGAUGCGGAAGUGACAUCACUCAUGGAUUUACAAUAUUCACGAAAAUUUCGGAAAAAUGGUAGUAUAGAACUUGAUCCUAAUCGUUUUCAACAAAUAAUUGAGGAAGCUUUUAAUCAGAUGGUAAAGGCACUAAUAGAUCUAUAUAUUACUGGAAUGAGAAAUAAAUUUGUUACCGAGAAAUUGGAUUGUAUAUAUCGGCAUCAGGAGCAUCAGGAGCAUCACGAGCAUCAUAAUUCGAAAGUCAAGCAAGUUAAGGUUACAAAUACGGCUGAUAAUGGGGAGAUUGAUUAUACCAUUGGAUAUGAUGUCGUGGAUGCAAAAAUUCCACCGUCUACCACCAAACAAAAGGAUAACACCAACGUUGACCCGACAACUGAAUUCAUGGAAAUCCUAGAUCCAACAAAAGGAAUCAUGAACGAUAACACCAAAGUAACUCUAUCAAAAAGAAUCUUAGAAAUUGAAAAAUUCAACUUUGAAAUAAAAAAGGCAAACAAGGUAGUCUACGGAGUUCCAAGAUCAUUUCAAGAGAUAACCGAUAGGUUUGAAGGUUUCAUAAAAGAACAAGCUGCGAUGUCUCAGGAAUCUACUCAAGAAAUCAUGGAUCCUGAAAUAGAAAAAUCGUCAUUUGACGAAAUCAAUGUUUCGCAAAUAAAAAAUCUAAAAAAUAUCAUGAUAAAACGUGUAAACAUGAAUAGACGAGGAGGAAUUUAUGUUGCAAUUCACAAGAAACUUUUAUCAUAUCAAGGUUCUUCAAAGCAAUCCUUCACUGAUGCAAACGUCACUUGGGAUCCUGCACCAAAUAAUUGUAAUAUUAGUGAGUCAUCCAAUUCAAGUGAUAAUCAUUAUUUGCUAAAAUGGUUUUUCUAA